UUGCAUGCGGUUUAUUCCUAGUUUACACUUUUCCAUUCUAAUGUUCGUCUUGACGACACAACUGCUUCGCCAAAAGGUUUCCACACACCUAGUCACUCGAACCGUGCACGUAUUCCAAUCACUGCCACAUCAGCACCACGUGGCCCAAUCAGAAACGGCGUCACCUGUGCACGUAUUCCAAUCUCAUGAAACUGACAUAAUUAAACACAAUCAUUAUGACCAGCAUGAUCGAUUUACGAACUCUAGGUAAAAUGAUAUCGUUUUAGUCAAUUUGAUUGAUAAAAAAUGAAUUUAUUAUAUGUUUAUAGUGUAUUAUUGAAAUGAGACAUUUUCAUUAAAAAUUAGACCCUUAAUAGAUAAUAUCAAUUAAGUUUCCAAUAGGUUAAUACUUAAUAGAAAUUAGGUUUAGAAAUUGGCCUUUGAUUCUAUUUUUUAUUUAUAAAAAAACAUAAUGGAGUGAAAAAUCGUUAAAAACACUGAAGUGACACAAUAUGGAUUAUUCAUUAAAGCGGCGUAUAUCAUGGACACAUAAUUUAUACAUUAAUGAAUUUGGAAGUCCAAGUUACUAAAAUCUAGUUUAAACUAUUUAUCUUGAAAUUUUAAUUUUAUACAUAGUUUUGUCUCCAUUUAUUUUGACUCAAUUUCCCUUCUAAUGCCAACUUUCCUUUGAUGUUGAGCCUAAACCAUUUCUUUAGCCCACUAUUUAAGAUUGUUUUGGCAUUUAUAUGCAUGUUGAUCAUUGGACCCCUCUGGUGUUCACUAUUGCUUACAAAUGCAUAGAGUAUCUUUGGAAAUGAAGUUCAUAGAGCCUCCUAACUAAAAUGAGGAGAUUGUUGGCUUCUUAUAUCAUAUCAUACGUUGUCCAAUUACAACAAUUUCAUCAUUUUAUGAAUAUUAUAACAUUUUUUUCUAACUACAAUGAAGAGAUUUUAAUAUUCAUCCAUUGCUAUAAACAAAUGAAAACAUAAAUGUAUGUUACUUGAAAAAAAAAACAUUAUGGACUAUUUGGCCAAUCGGUCGGGGCACAAAACUAUUUUCUAAAUGCCAAUUCUAACAUGGCAUUUCGUCUUCCUUAAUUUUGAUUUUAGUGGUCAACGCUCAACGCUUAGACGGAUUAUAUGUAAUAUAAACUAGCGCUAGGGGUGACAGUUCGAUUUCCGGUUAGCGGCUAACCGGCCAUUUUGAUAAAAAACCGCCGGUUAGAGACUAACCAAAAACCGACAAGAACAGUGGACGGUCGGUGUUUGGAGAGGGAGAAAUUGAUUGCGGUUAGCCGAGUAACCGAAGGCGGUUAGCCGCGGUUACCCGACUAACCGUAGCUAACCGACCUCCACCCCCAAAACCCAAUUUUUCCACAACCAACUAGGCCACACCCAAAAAACCCUAAUCCCCACCCCACAUUAGACCUCCGCCGCCUCCAUCCAAAAUCGAAAAAACCUUUCAUCUUCACCAUUCCAAAAUCCCCAUCCCCUUUCCCCAAUCUGAUUCUAGAAAAACCCCAAUUCCCAAAAUAAAAAACCUUCCCUUCCUCCAUUCUCCAUGCGCCUCUCCUCUCCAAAUCUCCCAGCAACGCUCCUCUUCCGGGACCAGAUCGUCGGCCGUUGCUCGUCCUCCUCCGCCGGCGCGCUCAUCCCGCGUCGGCUUCCAUCAUCUCCGCCUUCAUUGCCUCCACUCUUCCACCAGCCACCACAAUCGUCGCCUCCGUAUCCGUCGUCCAUCUCCGAGCAGCCUCCGGCCUUGCUCUUCCCGCCGAGCGCCGCCACUGCCGCUCCUUCUCAUUCACAUAGGUAAAGAGAGGAGAGAAGAAGAAGAGGUUUGGUCCGUUUGGAAUUGGAGGGUAGCAGUCUAUAGGCAGAGAGAGGAGAGAAUAAGUUUUGUUUUUUUUUCUUUGUUCCUGCGGAAAAGAGAGAGGAGAGAAGAAGAUGAAGAUAAGGAAAGUGUGGCCUGCGAUUUUUUUCUUUUAAUUUUUUAAUCUUAUCUAACAAGAGAGUAGAGAAGUAACGUGGGUGGGGUGGGUAUUGGGUUUUUUUCUUCCCUUCCUUUAUUUUGUAUUUUUUAAUAAAUUCAGUUAUUGCGGUUAUAACCGAACCAAAACCAAAAACCGGUUGGUUGAUUGUCGGCUAACCGUGACUUCCCUCACGGUCGGUGGUCGGCAGACAUAUGGGAAGGUUCGGUUUAACCGAAAAUCGAAAACUGAAACCGACCGACUGCCACCCGAACUAGGGCCCUCUUAUUUAAUCACCAUUCCAUUCUCUUAUUAUCCAAAUAAUUUAUGUUCUUGUUGGAGCUUUUUUUAAUCUCAAAUAAUAGAAUAAUAUCACCACAGCAUCUUAAUAAUAAAAAAUGUUGUUUAACCCUGUUUGAAUGAGUUGAUGAUUUGUUUUGAGGGUUAGUGGUCGCUACAAUGAUUUUGAGCCCGAGGCAGUUCGAGUUGGCCAGCUGAAAAGGAAAGGGAUAAGAGAUAGAGACUAGAGAUGAUCAUGGGAGGGAAUGCUCAGAAGGUUUUUGGCUGCUUGGAUAUGGAGUAUAUCAUUCUCCGACUUCCUUGUUCCUAUCUUAUAUUUGGUGAAUGAGAUAAUAUUUCAUUAAUGCUCUGUACGGGCGCACGAGAUUAGACGACUUAACAUUUGUGUGAUGGAGAUGAGAUGCGGAAUCUACUAUGAAAUAUGAUAUAGGGAACUCGGAAGGGAAGUGGGGAAUGUGUCGCAGAGGAAUGAAGCUAAGCCGAGGAGGAUUGGAGUAAGGAGAAUGGAAAGCUAAUAAAGGAGUCGAGGAGAAUUGGCAUCUUAUAUUUAAUGUCUAAUUUAUGGACAAGCUAAUGGAAGAGCCAAGGAGGAUUAGAGGAAAACACAAAGGUGAAUGGGAAAUUAAGAAUCUAGAAUUAAAGAUGAAUCGAUAAGGGUUAAGAUUGGAUUUUGGUGAAAAGUUUCCUUCGCGUGUGUAAUUUUUUUUUAUAUUAAAGGGAGGCAAAGAUGCCAGAAUUACAGAUUCCUAAUGACUAGAAAAGGAACCAAAAACAAAAAGAACAUCCAUAGAGAAAAUCACACCAGAAUAGGGGAGCAAUAGAGCAGAACCAUCCAUUAAGGGCCUCCUUCACGAACAACUUGCCUGGGGAAGCUGAACCCAACUAGAUCCUCUCGGAAAAUUCGAUCCACUUCCAAAGGGGGAUCAACGAGUUCAUGCGUACCGAAGGGAUAGACGAGACUAUGCUUCGAGAGCCAGUCCGGGAAUCUAUUCCCUUCACGAUACGUAUGAACUAAUCGAACAACCCACUCUUUAGCCAACAGACGUCUAAUAGAUCCCAAGAUCGUUGCUUAGGGGUGAACUCUGCCAUUCCUCUUCUCAAUGAGUUGAAGUGCCAGCUUAGAGUCUGUUUUGAGAACAAGGAAUCGAGAUCCCUUUCUCCAAGCUAAUUCCAGCCCUUGUAAAAUUCUCCAGAGCUCUUCAAGGAGGGUUGUACCAGAGCCGAGUUUGCUGCAAAAGCCACCUAUCCAAUAUCCAUCAUGAUCACGAAGCACUCCUCCUGCUGUGACCAUCCCUGGAUUACUUUGAGUUGCGCCAUCCGUGUUUAAUUUAUGUCAUCCUGUCGGCGGUUUAUGCCACCCAAUAAGCUUCACCAUCGUUA